CAAAAACAUUAAUAUCAUCUCAAGCUCUAUAUUAUGCACUUCAAUUCACUCUCCUCUACUGCAUUGACCCUUUUGGUACUUUUCAAUACUGUCCAAGCCAAAAUCAAUGUUCUUUCCUGGGAUGACGCUUAUACUAAGGCCAAGAUUAUAGUCGAUAAAAUGUCGCUUGAACAAAAGGUAAACAUCACAACUGGUGUUGGAUGGGAUGGUGGCCUCUGUGUGGGAAACACUUACGCUAUUUCCAACCCCGAUUUUCCAUCUCUUUGUCUACAAGAUGCUCCAAUGGGUAUACGUUUUGCUGACAAUGUUACUGCCGGUGUCUCUGGUGUUAAUGCUGCCGCUUCUUUUGAUAAGUCCGCUAUUCUUGCCCGUGGUGCGUAUAUGGGUCAAGAGUUUUAUGAUAAGGGUAUCAAUGUUCAACUGGGACCUGGAAUGAACUUUAUGAGAUCUAGUCAAGGUGGUAGAGGCUGGGAAUCAGGCGGAGAAGAUCCCUAUUUAACUGGAGUUGUCGCUGCUGAAACCAUCAAGGGAAUACAAAGUAAAGGUGUUAUUGCUACUGCUAAACAUUACAUUCUUAAUGAUCAAGAGCUCAACCGUAACACUGAGUCUUCUAAUGUUGACUCAAGAACAUUACAUGAAAUAUAUCUUUGGCCAUUUGCUCGUUCUGUUGAGUCAGGCGUAGGAUCUGUUAUGUGCGCAUACAACUUAGCUAAUGGCACACAUGCUUGCGAAGAUGACUAUCUAUUAAACACUGUAUUGAAAGGAGAGCUUGGUUUUAAAGGCUUUGUUCACUCCGAUUGGGGAGCUACUCAUUCUACUGUCAAUGCUGUCAAUCAUGGUUUAGACAUGGAUAUGCCUGGAGAAAUAUCUUACAAAUCUGGAACCUCUUAUUUUGGUCAAAAUUUAACUGACGCUGUUAAUACUAAAUCAAUCAAAGAGUCUCGUACUACUGAUAUGGCUAUGCGUAUUGUUGCUACUUGGUAUAAACUUGGUCAAGACAAAAACUUCCCCAAAGUCUCAAUCAACUCAGUCGACCGUGAUAAAGCCUCCUACCUUAAUGUUCAAAGAGAUCACAAGAAAAUUGUUCGUCAAAUAGGUGCUGCCUCCACUGUUCUCCUCAAAAAUUCUGGUGUCCUUCCUCUCGAUACUAAGAUAAAGAGUAUCGCCCUUAUUGGUAGCGAUAUCAAAGCCAAUGAUGACGGUAUAAACUCCUGUUCUGAUCGUGGUUGUAGUUCAGGACAUCUUGCCCAAGGCUGGGGAUCUGGAACUGCAGAUUUUCCUUAUUUGAUUGAAUUAUGUUUGAUAACUGAUUGUAAUGCACCAUUAAUUACUAAUUUGAUUAAUGUCAAAAUUCAAUCAUCCAUUAGCGAUUGGGACCUUGAAGCUGCCACCGAGGCUGCAAAAGGAGUUGACGUCGCCUUUGUAUUUGCAACUGCCAAUUCUGGCGAAGAGUAUAUUACCGUCGAUGGAAAUGUUGGUGAUCGUAACAAUCUUAGUUUGUGGAACAAUGGUGACGAAUUGAUUAAAGCUGUUGCUGAUGCAAACAAAAACACCGUAGUUGUUAUCCACUCAGUCGGUGCUGUCUUAAUGCCCUGGAUUGAACAUGCCAAUAUCAAGGCAGUUGUUUGGCCCGGAAUUUCUGGUCAAGAAUCUGGCAAUUCUCUUGCUGAUAUUGUUACUGGAGCUGUUAAUCCAUCUGCCCGUCUUCCUUACACAAUUGCCAAGAAAGAAUCUGACUAUAAUGUAAAGCCCGACCCCAGUCUCCAAGUUGAAUAUUCCGAAAAGUUAUUAAUGGGAUACAAAUGGUUUGACCAUGCCAAAAUUGAGCCAUUGUUUCCAUUUGGCCAUGGUAUGUCUUAUACUAGCUUCAAUUACAGCAAGUUGAAAAUCAAGGUUUCCAAGUCUGGCACAAAGGAUAUGACCGUCAAAGCUACUGUAACAGUUAAAAAUACAGGUAAACUCGAUGGUGCUGAAGUCAUCCAAGCUUAUAUUUCUUACCCUGAGAAAGCUGGUUCACCUCCCCAACAACUUCGUGGGUUUGAAAAGGUCUUUUUAAAGCAUGGUAAACAGCAAAAGAUUGAAUUGAAAUUUACUAUGACCGAGCUUAGUAUUUGGGAUACUGUUGCUAAUGCCUGGGUCAUUCCUUCCGGUAAAUUCUUUAUCCAUGUUGGUGCUUCUAGUCGUGAUAUUCGUCAAUCUGGCAGUUUCAAUGUCUGAGAGCAAGAAUUUCUUAUAACUUAAUAAAUUUUUUAUUUUCGUGCU